AUGGCUGGAGAUGUACCUCCUGAAACCAAUAAGGAAUCUGUUGAGAAUGGUGCGAAUGGGAAUCAAAUGUUAGCUAAAACCAUUCGGCAAAUGACUGAGAGUUUGCUUGCUAAUAAGGGAAGCACAUCAGGUCCACAGGUACGUGAUGAUUUUAAGGUGAUGGAUGAAUUCCAUAAGUAUAAGCCAGCACCGUUUAAGGGUUCACCAAAUCCUUUGGAUGCCGAAAAAUGGUUACUAGAAAUGGAGAAACGAAUGGAAUUGCUUGAGGUAGAGGAUCGUCUUCGAGUUAAAAUUGCUAUGUAUUACCUUCAAGAUGCUGCUGGUCAUUGGUGGACAGUGACUAAAACCAAGGAAGGUAUGCAGAACCUUACUUGGAAUGAAUUCAAGGAACUUUUCCUCCAAAAGUUCUUUCUGGUGGCUUUGAAAAAUGCCAAAAUUUUGGAGUUUAUACAGUUGGAUCAAGAGAAGGAGGGCUUGUCCGUUUUGGAGUAUGAUAUGAGGUUCGAGGAACUAUCUCGGUAUGCUACUGAUAUGGUGAAAACUGAGCAGUUGAAGGCAAUUAAGUACCAAAAGGGGCUGCUUCAAGAUAUUCGUUUCAAGCUUGCACAACAAAUGCUCACGAGUCGUAAUGAAAUAUUUGAGAGGGCAUUGAUUAUUGAGGCUGCCUACAAAGAGUUUCGAGAAGGUAAGGAUCGAAAGAGAAGUAACUUUAAAAACAAAAAGGAGCCUCCUAAGAAGCCAAGGCCAGAAAAUGCACCGAAGAGUGGAUACGAAGUGGUUCACAGCAAUAAUGUGCAAGAAAGGACUUGUUAUGAGUGCCGAAAGCCUGGACAUCUUCGUGGGAGUUUCCCUCUUCUUAACAGACAAAGGUUUCGACACAGUAAUCGUGGUAACAACGCUCCACACAACAUGCCUAAUCAAGCGAGAUCAGCGCCAUCGACUAAUCAACAAGGAAAGGUGUUUGCAACAGUAGAGACUAAGGGAGAUUCCGACAAUGCUGUAGUUGAAGGUACACUUCUUCUAUUCAAUUCUUGGGUUAAAGUUUUAUUCGAUCCGGGUGCUACUCAUUCCUUUUUCUCUGAUCGGGUUGUUUUACGUUUGGAUUUGCAUUCUGAACCAUUAGAGAAAAUGUUUCAUGUGAUAACAACAGUUGCAAGUGUUAGUCUAGGUCGUAUUUGUCGGGCUUGUAUAGUUCGGGUUGGUGACCAAGAACUAUCAGGAGACCUUAUUGUCUUAGGAAUGACAUCAUUCGAUGUUAUUUUGGGCAUGGAUUGGCUUGCGAAAUACCGAGCAUUAGUGGACUGUUAUAGGAAAAGAAUUACUUUUCUUUCCAAGGAUGGUGCAUCCUUUUAUUUUGAUGCUCCUAGUGAAGUUACUAUUGAGGAAAUUCCAAUAGUUAGAGAUUAUGUUGAUGUUUUUCCUGAUAAUUUACCGGGAAUACCGCCGAAGGGUGAAGUUGAGUUUACAAUCGAUCUUCUUCUGGGGACGACACCGAUUUCAGUGACACCGUACCGUAUGGCACCGGCAGAACUUAAGGAACUCGACAAGCAACUGUCAGAAUUACAAGAGAAGGGUUUUAUCCAAACUAGUACUUCUCCUUGGGGUGCACGUGUUCUCUUUGUAAAUAAGAAAGAUGAGUCUCUUAGUUUGUGUAUUGAUUACCGCUAG